UCCUUCUCUCUUUAUUCUAUCAAUGUAAUUUUUUUUCUGUGUGUAAUUUCCUCUAUGUCAUUCAUUCUCUUUCUUCUUCCCAUCAGCACACUGUCAGACCGAGAGAUACGUACACUACUUGCAUCGCUGCAUGACCUUCCGCUACACUACAACAUUGUGCAUGAGUUCCACCAACUGGUCAAGAACUGCUCUGCCAACCACCACACCAAGAUUAUCCCCACACCCGUCUAUGAGAGAUAUGCAGACUCUGACCUGCCCACAGUGUCUCUGGAACUGAUGCUGAGGUGUGAGCCACUGACACUACUCCUCCGUAAGCUGGAGAAGGUGAAAAAGUACAAAUACUCCCACCUGUCAGAUGAUGCCAUCCACUUCAAGAUGGUCACCUCUAAUGUGUCCAUUGUCAUUCACAUGCUUGAUGAAGUGCGCAAGAACAAACGAAAAUUCAUCUGCCUGAACAGCAACCUAGACCCAAAGAGCAAAUCCAACGACUUGAUCCAUGCUCUUGUCCAGGACACCUAUGAGUCUUUGUUCCCUCUUCCCUCAUAUUUUGAGCUACCCCUCAACUACAGGAAUCGCUUUCUCUACAUGGAGGAGCUGGUUGCUUGGAGGAAGUGGAGGGACUUUGUGCGGGCACUGAUUUAUGCAUGCCUUGCCUCACUCGUCUUCCUCACACUCGUCAACUUCUUUAGUGCUGAGACAUUUUACCAAUGGACAUAUUGCUGAACAGACGUUUCAACAACAAACUUUCCCGAACAGAUGAACUUUUCAUCGAUGGACUUAUUGCCAACAGUUAUAUUUAUAGUUAAAUUUUACAAUUUGGGAAUUGGGUAAUUGCUUCUGUAUAAGUAAAGUAAAGCAUAUGAAAAUUAAAAUAUGUUAUGAUUUCUUUUUUGUUA